ACUUCGGCGCCUGCAAAAGCUGAGAACGUAAGCGGAGGAGUGAAAACGCCGGUAAAGUGUUUGCAAACAUGGCUGUCAACCUAUUGAAGCACAAGGAUGAGCUCCUUAGCGCAUGGAAAGAAGUAGUUGACGACAAAGACGGGACCAAUUGGGCCUUGUUUGGUUAUGAUAAGCAGACGUACGACCUUUGCUUGGUCGGAAAAGGAGCUGGAGGCCUGGAGGAGCUGACUGAAGAAUUAAACUGCGGAAAGAUAAUGUAUGCAUUCUGCCGGGUGCAAGAUCCCAACACCAAUAUCUCAAAAUUCAUCCUCAUAAACUGGCAAGGUGAAGGAGCACCGCUAGUAAAAAAAGGAUGCUGUGCAAAUCAUUUUAUGGAUAUUAGCAACUUUUUUCGGGGUGCACACAUCACAGUCACAGCAAGGAAUGAGGAUGAUGUCGAUCCGUCACUCAUACUGGACAAGCUAUCGAAAUGCACCGUCUCUUCUUUCAGCCUUAGAGAGCGAAGUGACCCAACAGAGAGUUCAAAACCAAUUGGAAGCGUCUACAAGCGCAUACAACCAGCUAGGGAGAUCUCCACUACAGAGAGAGAAAAAUUUUGGAUGAAGGAGCAGGAAGAAGAGAAAAAACGCAUUGAGGAGGAAAAGCUUAAGGCCGAGGCAGCCCGAAAUCGUCUGGCUGAGGAAGUGAAGGAGCGGGAGAUGAAAGAUGCUCGAGCAAGAGAAGAGUGGUUUAAAGAACGAUCACUCUCAAUCGACAAAAUGCGAGAGGCAGAGAAGAAUGCUCAGAACUCAACACACAACAAGGUGAAUAAAAAGCUUUGGGAGCAGCAGCUACAGGAGGACAUUCAAGAUGAAGAAGAACGGAAACGCCGGUCACAGAGCUUAAGAAAUCAGCGGAGUGAGGAAGCACAAGCGCUGAUUGCCCAACGGACCGUCAACGCAAAGGCCAUGUUUGAACCCACCACGUACACUGGUACCUAUGCCUCCCAAGCGGCUAGUAAUCAAAAUCAUGUGUCUGCGCAACACAGUAAUCAUGAAAGCAUGUCCUCAAGAGCCGAUGCGUGUGCUAGCCCACAUGCUGUGCAAAAUAAUCAGGAGGCGGCAGUUACAUCGCCUCCAGCCGAGUUCACAUACACACGUAACCAGCUCCAGGACAAAGGGCCUGCUCGAUCAGCGGCUGAGCCCGAGUUUGAGCACACUCACAAUCGAAGCUGGGAAGCAGGGGGAGCUGCUGAAGCCUCGGUGUGUGCUUCUGAGGCAGUGGAUGAACACAGCACUGGCUUGAGUCAGGCGCAGCUGGCAACUGUGGAAAGCAGUGAUCCAGGACUCCGUGCUCGAGCUUUGUAUGACUACCAAGCUGCUGACGACACGGAGAUUUCUUUUGACCCAGAUGACAUCAUUACGCACAUUGAACAGAUUGAUGAAGGCUGGUGGCAAGGCUUGGGACCAGAUGGUACCUAUGGUCUUUUUCCUGCUAAUUAUGUAGAGCUCAUUGAAUGAACCAUGUUGUUUGUGGUGGCAGGUGUAGUUGUUAAACGACUGGCACAGAUUACUGGCACUUCAGGUUUUAUGCACGUUAGAUAUAUGCAUUUAUAUAUUUGUAGCUUACUUGGCAGCAGAUACAGCACAGUGCAUCUUUUCAGUGUUACAUUCGUUGUGCCGAGUGGAGCUUGUCUUUGUUACAAGUGGUAUUUACACUGCAGCAUUUCUGGCUGAGAAAUAUUGUGUCAGCCUGCUGUCUGGCUCUUCUCAAGCUAACUAUGACUCUGUUAAUGGCUUAUUUCUACACUGUGCAGCAGUGAUCAAUUAACUUGAAAAAUGCUACGCUUUGAUGACUGCAAAGAGAGAUGCAAAUUUAAUAGAACAAGAGGAAUGUGGUAGCAGUGGUUUUUUUGUUGGUUAAGUAAGCUUAGCUUUUUAUCUUAAAGGGGCCCUGCAACACUUUUUUCAGCAUGGUCAGGAAGCACCGCCGAUCGGUAGUCGAGGCUCCUGAGAACACGUGAGCCAAACAUUGUAGCGCAGCACGUGGCUCCGAACUUACAAUUAUUGCUCCAAGUUCAUUAUAAAUCUCUCCCUUUUCUCUCCACAAAUUAUGCCAUAUGCCAAAAUUACUGCGCCCUAUACUCAAAGUACGUGGCCAUUGGCUAAUCUGAGCAUCGGGGGCUACGCAAUUACCGUAACAUGCCACCAUGUGCCCACGCAUGCCCGGGAUCAUACGGAAAGGAGCCGCGAGUUCAAAGAGAGAAAAAAAAAACUUACGGUCAUGUCGCGCGCUGUUGCAUGGACGCAUCUUCUUGCUCCCUUGCCGUCCCCGUGCCUGUGUAGCUUUCAGAGCGCUUGCUAGUACAAAAGGAGAGUGAGAGCACUUCAAGCGUGCGACAGGUCCCAUCACCUUUGCUCGCACGCGACGAAAUGUGUGAAUUUGUGCGGCAUGUGGUUUAUGCCAUAUGCUAAUAGUGUUCCAUUAUUAGUCAGAAAAGUGUCUCACGGCCCCUGCAGCACUUUCCUUAGUAAUCAUCUAAUGACUUCAUUAAAAGACUGCUGUAAAAUCAUUUAGAAUUCAUCAACCACAAGUGUAGUUAACAGGGAUUUGCUGCUUGCAUCAAACGCGCUACAUUUCUCUUUUCGUACAAGUGAGCACCCUGAAAGCUGCUCUGGGAGGUGUAUGAAUAUGCGUGCGCAUAUGGACCUUGAGCGCUGUCAUUUUUCAUCGAAUGCACUUCAAUGUCAUCACGAGUGAGCACGUGGCAGCAUCUCGCGACGGCUACAGUAAAUAUGCAGCUCAUGAUGCUCACAUUUGGCAACGGCUGUGAACAUUGGGUAUACAGUGCAGUAACUUUUAUAUAUGGCAUCAUAUAUACCGAAAAGAGGAAGCGAUUUCUUACUGACUUUGCGAAUUCAUUGUAAGUUUCAAUCCACGUGCUGCUAUAAUGUUUGGUUUGCAUGUCCUCAGGAUCUUCAACUACGGAUCGGCAUUAUUUUCUGGCCAUGCUGAAAAAGUGUUUGCAGGGCCCGUUUAUAGAAUGUUCGAAUGUUGCUUGUGGUAUGUGUGAUGCAUGUUUCUCUUUGAACACUGGAGACAAGCUUUGCGCAGUGUUGCACAGUUGCUGCUGAUAUUGGAGCUCUUUUUUUAUAAGACUUGCAUUCUUUACCAUGCUUCACUGCUCAUCAUGUUCUCAAUAAGUUUUCUUGUACUGGAUACAAAAUGUUAUGGCUUACAUUUUGGCAUGUUUAUCCUUAGCUAGUACUUCUUAGUCAUGUGUAAUUAGGUACUUCUAAACCAUUUGAGCUGUACUAGAUGUUCUUGUUACCUGUAUGAUUUUUCGUAGGAACUUUCCCCUUGUGUUCAUGCUUUCUUCAAAGGUGCCUGUAGCAAUUUUAGUCUGGCAGCAAGUCUUCGUGCAUUUAAAAAAAAAAAAGUCUUGUUGCAAGUGUUCUACAAAGCUAAGUCAUGUUGAUGAAAGCCAUGUGGUAAGUGUGAGCCACACCUUUUACAGUGCUGGCAUGUGAAACAUGAAGCCUGCAAGCAGGUCUCAGGAGUAUAUACACUACUAUCUACUAACUGCUGGUUUACCAAAAAAAAGGAGAGAGAAAGAAUGCACAUUUGCUGUCCACUUAUAAUGAUAUCGCAAAAGUUCAAUCGUUGGGAAAUUAUUGUUAUUACCAGGGACACCUGUGCUGUAGCAAGGUGAAGCUUUAAAAAAAAAUGUGCACCUUUCUAAACAGCCCAGUCCUAUGUCAUUGUGAAGACAGAGAAGUCACUCCAUAAAAAGAAACAACAAAAGAAAAACUUCUUGUGGUGCUUAGAGAGGCCCUGAAAGGGUUUUUUCUAAACUUUCAAUAAUUUGAAGUGAAGUGCUUUUGAGGAACAUAUUACUAUAAGAAUUUCUGUGAAAGACCUUUACGAUCAGAGGCAUUAAGAGCGCAGUAUUUAUUAUUCUGAUUACCGUUAGCAGUGUCCUCCAUUUUGAAGGAGAGGGACAACGUUAAAGCAUUACAUUUCACUCCUGCAAUGGUGGGCGCAGUCAAGCAUGAACACUCGCUUGGUUUAAUCUAAUAGUGCAACUUUUAUCGAUGUUUGAUAUGCAGAUUUUCAAGUUACCUCAGCUUUUCUAGUUCGCUGCCUCAAUUAUUAUGGCUGUAACUCUCAUUUUUUGUACUCUCAAGCAAGCACAAAAUAAUUUGAAAAAUUGGGUGCUCAUAAAAAAAAAAAAAACAGAUACCUCUCUUUUUACCUACUUCAAAGGCCACUUCAUAAAUAGCUCUGAAAGUCUCCCAAUAUACUUUCUUUAUUUGGUGUCAUGGUGCUCGUAGUUCAGCAAGAGACAGUAAAUGCACAGAUUUAUAAUUAAGCAAUACAUAGCUAUGUCCUACGAAAGUGAGCCUUUUUCGUUCUUGGUAUGCUUUGUCUCAAUUCUUUGUGCAUGGUUGACUGUGAAGCACCUGUGCAUUUUGGUGAAGCUUACUUUGAAGACUGUGGUUGCAAGUGAUUGGCACAUCAUGCUGCUGAUCCAUUCUCAAGAUGAUCAUCAUGGCAACAGUGGUUGCUUCAAUGAAUGCAAUUUAGAGCCUACAAUCUUUGCAGACAGAAAGUCUGAAAACUUGUGAUAGCAAGCGGUUUGUAUCCGAAAUGUCAGAUGGCGCUGUUAAAUGCAUGGCAUUACUGUGCAGGCAUUCACUUUGUCAAGAAUGUCCAUAAAGAUGGUUGUUGUCUGUUUAUAGCAAGAGCAGAAAGAAGUGCUGUGACCUAAAUGUUUUGCUUUGUGUUAACUAUUAGCCAGUGGUAACUUGACCUUGCAGCUCGGGCUUGUUGGUACGGCAUAAUUAGAUAACAAUGGUUGGGCAAAAAACAGGACACAAGAAUGCAACAAAGACAGUUAGUGGUAGCUCUUUCUGAUGCUCUAUGAGACACGUGUGGGGAAGGGGUAGGCUUGGAGAAAGGUUAAAUUUGUGCUCUGCUCGUGAACUCCAUGCACUGCAGACAACUACAAAAUUUGGUGGACUAAUAUUAACAGCUGCAUGUACUGUGACGAUCAAAAUUAUGGAGACCACGGGAGCGCGUGGCAAACGGCCCCACGGCGCUUUUUCACAGCUGCCUCAGAAGCUCGAGAGUGCGCACUGCUGAGCGCACAACAGAAAGCCAGGAAAAUCACAAAGUGUCGCUUUCACAGCUGUCAUGGAAAGCACGGAGCGAUUAUAUCGCGACAUAAAUACAUAACUUGUAGUGGCAGUGCUCGGAGUGCGCCGCUUCUAUGCCCUGGUUCCAGACGCUCCGCAGAACCAAAAACGCACAGAUUGCGUCAGUCUUUUUUUAAUGGACACAUGUGAUAAGAUUAUCGAGCAAUGCUGUCUUUUGGCGAAGCACGCCUGUUUUCUCCACCACGGAAUGUCUGGAACGAAGCACUGCCACUACAAGUUACAUAUUUUUGUGACGAUUAUAACUCAGUGCUUUUGCAGCGACUGCAAACGCAACACCUUGAGAUUUUUUGGGUGUUCUGCUGUGCGCGCAGUUCAAGGGAGUGAAAGUGCAGGCUGGUAGGUAGAAAAAGAUGCCCUUAGGCAGUGCGCGCUCUCGAGCUUCUCUGGUAGCCGUGAGAAGGUGCCGUGGGGCUGUUCGCCACAGUGCCAUCAAUAGCAUGUGUUUUUUUUUACCAAGCGUGAGGGGCCACUGAGAGCCAAAUGAAUUCUUAUUUCACAUCAAGUACACUUCACAAGGUCCAAAAGCGAGUGUACCAUGCAUGUAGUGUAGCUCCUACGCUCUUUGCAUAAGGUCUGUUGUGCUUUGUGAAAUAGCAUACUUGCCCGCAGGUAUGCUCACAUGAUGGUCGCGUUAUAUACCGGGUGUUUCAAGGAAUAAGGGAAAUCUGAUAUUUGCGCGCCACUUUUAUAGUUACUUUUUCUAUGAAGGCUUACUUACUUUUUCUGUAGUUGCUAUAGUUUUCUAGGGUUGACAGUUACUUUUCUAUUGUCUUAAAUGAUUGGAUACAUUAAUUCUAGUAUUAAAGUAACACUUUAAUUAAAGCAGACAAGCGGUCAAGUCAGAUGGGAAAAGUAAAGUCAUUCCUGUGAAAAGCUUCCUUUCAGAUUUCCAAAAAGCUAACACGGGUAAUUUUUGCAGAGUGAUAAAAAUUGUAUUAAGUUCACUGGCAAAACUAAAACACUGGAGAGCACAACCGCAACGCAACAGCAGACAGCCAGAAUGACGGCACUGUUUCUCACAGCAAUGGCAGUGGUGUUAGUUUUUCUUGCAUAUGUCAACCUAAUGUGCGCCAUGUGUGCCAUCAUACAAAGAGCUGUCAGCGCAUCCAUGAAGUAUCGAUAGUUGAAAACGACACUGGCUGCCUCUGGACAUUGAGGUUUCUCCAAUUGAAUUUGUUGGAUUUCAACACUCUGCCAAGGCUAACAGUCUCAGUUGGAAAUUUCAAGGCAGUGGACUCUUUGCAGGUGGGAAUUCAAGUUCUCCCAUUUGACCUUGCUGCGUGUCACCUCUAAGAAGUAAAUUUACUUUUGUAACUGUAGCUUUAAUAUUUCUAUUUAUCGUAAGAUGCCCACUGCACCAGAAAAUGUAAUGCUGAAGACAUGGAGCCAAUGUUGCAGUUCGCUUAAUAAACAAUAUUAGGACACAUCGUUAAAGCACCCUGUAUACUGAUCUAAGCCAUGCUUUUGACAAUGUUUUCUCGGCAGCACAAUUUGCUCUACAAUGUACCAAUUUUCCACGGAAGUUGUUUGGCAAAAUUUCAACCAUAGUAUUCCAUGAACUGCAGUGAAAACAGCAUCAGGUCCCAUUAAUUUUUUUCUCGAGCUAGUGUGCUGAAGUUACUGAUUGUUACAAGCAAGAGGCACUCUGUUGUUUGGGAUGUCAUUAUAAGUGGAUUGUGCUGUAACUUCUUUUUCUUCUGGCCACUACUUAAACAGCUUGCACAUUGUAUUAUACAUUUUGAAGUUAUUGUAAAAGUUGCUUUUUUGUAAUAAACUAGUUCACUAAGA